AUGGGUUGUUGUCGAAAAGAAAAUAAAAAAUCAACGAAUAAAAACAAAAAAAAUAAAGUAAAACAAAAGAAAAAUUUAAUAAAUGAUAAAGAAAAGAAAAAAGUAACAAUUAAAACAAUUGAUCAAGAUCAAUUUUUUAAAGAUAAAAAUAAUCUUCAACAACAAUCAAUUAAUAAUCCUAUUGUUAAAAAUACAGAACAAGAAAUAUCUAAUUUAGAACAUCACAUAAAAUCACCAUCUAUUUCAUCUUCAAAUAAUGAUUUUGAUGAUGAUUUUAUAAAUAAUAUUUCUUCGACAGAUAAUAUUUAUUCAAUAAAGACAUUAAAUGAUUUACAAAUAUUUGUUGAACAAAAUAAAAAACCUAUAUCUAUUGUUUUUUUCUAUGGUCGUUAUUGUCCUUAUUCAAAACGAACGAUAUCUGGUCUUCGUCAAUGGGCACGAAUAAAUAAAGAUCGUAUUGUUUUAUAUGAAGUUGAUGUUGAACAAGCAUUAAAACUAACUGAAUAUUAUCAUAUACAAACAAUUCCAACUAUUCUAGCAUUUAAUGAAAAUAAUCUUCUUGUUCCAAUUUGGCAACGAACAGCAACAAAUGUUCUAUCAUCUGAUUUACAAUUACAAAUAAAUGAAUUUCAAUCAAUUGAAAAUAAUGAAAAUCUUUCAAAUGAUAAUAAUCAAUUUAAAGAAAUCUUUCGAGAAAAAUUAGAUAAUUCAAAUAAUGUUUAUUUUAUUUUUGAUCCAUUACUUAAAGAAUCAAAUUGUAUGUUUAAAAUAUUUGAAACAUUAAAUGAAAAUAAACAAGAACAAUAUUUAAUUAUUCUUGAUAAUAAACAAUCAAUGGAAAAUAAAUCAAAAUUAAUAUUAGCAAUAACAACUAAUCCUGAUCAUAAUUCGAAAUCAAAAUCAAUAACAUCAUCUGAACAAAGUCCAUACAUUUGGAAUAGAUCAAUUCAAACUAAAGAAAAUGAUAGUCAACAAUCAUCAAAACAAUCAACAACUGAAAAAAUAAAUGAAUAUAAUGGACGAAUCAUAUCAAAAUCUUCAAUAAAUACAACAUUUACUAAUGAUCAAUUAAAAAAAAAUGAAACAUGCAAUGAAUCUAUUGAUGAUAAUAUAAAACAAAAUUCAUUACCAUCAGAUGAAUAUCAACAACAUAUUUAUUUACCUAAUUCUAAUGAAAUAUUUUAUGAAAAACAAUAUGAUAAUACAAAUGAUGUUAAUUAUUCAUCAUCAUCCGAUCGAUUUAGUACAUUAACUUAUCAACAUGUUAAAGAUACAAAUAUUGUUUUAAACAAUCAACAAGAAGAAAUAUGUAUUUUAUAUCUAGGACCAAAUCGAUGUCGAGGUUUCGAAGAUAAUUUACAUAAUGAAACUAAUUCUUCAAAAUUAUCACUUUUAACUCUUAAGUCACAUUCAUUAUUGGAAUAA